AUGGCCAAAAAACCUCCAAAAAUUUUCAAAUUCUUCUUAAUCCCUCCCAUUUUUAUAUUAUUUCUGAUUGCCUCAGGCAAAACAAAUAUAGUAAUUAAAGUAGCACAUCUACAGCCAAACAAUCCAAAUAUUAUACACGAACCUCAAAUUUUAGAAAUGCAAGUUUUUGGUUUAUUUAAUUCAAAGAAAUAUUUUUGUAGGUGUUAUAAUGAUAUGAAAGAACGUUCUAUUUUACCUCGUGAAAUUAAACUACAAUUUUAUACAAUGGAGUCAUGUACCCGAUUUAGUGGUGUUGAACAUGCAGCUUACCUCCAUUACAUGAAGAAUACAAGCAUUUACUUUGGUCCGGGAUGUAAUAACGAAAUGUUAAUUAUUGGCCGUCUUGUAUCUCGAUGGAAUGUGCCUAUUAUUGCUCACCUUUCUGGAGAUGAUGCUCUCUCAGACAGAGCAGUUUUUGACACUCUCGGGUCUGUGGCACUUACAUCAGCUACAGAAAUGGCUAGAGCAACACUCACAUUUUUACAAUUAUAUGGAUGGAAACAGGUUGGACUAGUCCGUCCAAGUAUGCAUUUUGAACGUCUUGCUCUACAUUCUCUCCGUAAUUAUCUAAAAGAUGCAAAUAUUGAAAUAAACGCAGAGAUUGAAUUAGACCGUAUGUUAAUUAAUUGA